AUGGUGCGCAAGUUGAAGUUCCACGAGCAGAAGCUCCUCAAGAAACUGGACCUGGUGAACUGGGAGGCUGCCUCCGGGAACCUUGCCGAGCUGCGAGUGCUCCGCCGCUUCCGCUUGCAGCGCAGGGAGGACUACACCCGCUACAACCAGCUGAGCCGUGCGGUUCGGGAGCUGGCCUGCCGCAUCUGGGACCUUGGGGAAGCGCCGGAGUCGGCGGCUUUCUGGGCUCGGAGCACUGCCGCUCUCCUAGAGAAGCUGUAUGCCAUGGGGUUGGUGGCCUCCAAAAGCUUCCUGGAGCUGUGUGACCGCGUCUCGGCCUCCUCCUUCUGCCGCCGCCGCCUGCCUUGCCUGCUCCUGAAGCUCCGUAUGGCCCAGAACUUGAAAUCGGCCGUCACCUUUGUGGAGCAGGGGCAUGUGAGGGUUGGGCCCGAGGUCCUGACGGACCCAGCCUUCUUGGUGACUCGGGCGAUGGAGGACUUCAUCACCUGGACCGACUCCUCUCGCAUCCGCCAGCAUGUGCUCAACUACAAUCAGGAACGGGAUGAUUUUGAUUUGGCUUGCUAA